AGGUCGCUUUAAGAAAGGAGUAGUUGUAAUCUGAAGCCUGCUGGACUCGGGGUUGGGAGACAGCUACUCACUCCACUGCUUGCUGGAGCCCCUCAGAGAGCAGGCUGAGCAGGACCUAGACUGUGAGAGGCGCUUCAGCUGACCACAGAAUCCGCCAGGGCUGAUGUCCCCACAGAGAGGGCGGCUGGCUGCCCGAAUCCUGCUGGGAUGAGAAGCCCGCCAGGUCCUCUGUCCGGCUCCCACCAUUCUCUUUUACCAAGUGGAGAAUUCAGACAUUCCACUAACAGCUGUCCCUGCUUAUAGCUGUUGGGCCAGCAUUGGACCCGUGCCUCCCCAUGCCCACCCGGUUCCCUGCCUCAGCUUCAGCCCUCAGCCUACCCGUGUGGUAACAAUGAUCUUAGAUCCUGGAGGCACUCCAGGAGCCCCAGGAUGCAGGCCCUGGUGCUUCUGCUCUGGACUGGAGCCCUGCUUGGGCAUGGCAGCAGCCAGAAUGUCCCCAGCAGCUCUGAGGGCUCCCCAGCUCCCACAGGGGAGCCAGUGGAGGAGGAGGACCCCUUCUUCAAGGUACCUGUGAACAAGCUGGCAGCAGCCGUUUCCAACUUCGGCUAUGACCUCUACCGCCUGAGAUCUAGCGCCAGUCCAACGGCCAAUGUCUUGCUGUCUCCACUCAGCGUGGCCACUGCCCUCUCUGCCCUUUCUCUGGGAGCUGAACGGCGAACAGAAUCCAUCAUCCACCGGGCCCUCUACUACGACCUGAUCAGUAACCCUGACCUCCACAGUACCUACAAGGAACUCCUUGCCUCGGUUACUGCUCCUGGGAAGAACCUCAAGAGUGCUUCCAGAAUUGUGUUUGAGAGGAAACUUCGAGUAAAAUCCAGCUUUGUUGCUCCUCUGGAGAAGUCCUACGGGACCAGGCCCAGGAUCCUCACUGGCAACCCUCGAAUAGAUCUUCAGGAGAUUAACAACUGGGUGCAGGCCCAGAUGAAAGGAAAAAUUGCUCGGUCCACAAGAGAAAUGCCCAGCGCCAUCAGUAUCCUCCUGCUCGGUGUGGCUUACUUCAGAGGACAGUGGGUAACAAAGUUUGACUCGAGGAAGACGGCCCUCCAGAAUUUUCACUUGGAUGAGGACAGGACUGUGACAGUCCCCAUGAUGUCAGACCCUAAGGCCAUCCUACGAUAUGGCUUGGACUCGGAUCUCAACUGCAAGAUUGCCCAGCUGGCCCUGACAGGAAGCGUGAGCGUCAUCUUCUUCCUGCCCCUGACGGUGACCCAGAACUUGACCAUGAUUGAGGAGAGCCUCACCUCUGAGUUCAUUCAUGACAUUGACCGAGAACUGAAGACUAUCCAAGCUGUCCUGACUGUCCCCAAGCUGAAGCUGAGCUACGAAGGCGAAGUCACCAAGUCUCUGCAGGACAUGAAGCUACAGUCCUUGUUUGAGUCGCCUGACUUCAGCAAGAUCACAGGCAAACCUGUGAAGCUCACCCAUGUGGAACACAGGGCUGCUUUGGAGUGGAACGAGGAGGGGGCAGGAACCAGCCCCAACCCAGGCCUCCAGCCCGUCCGGCUCACCUUCCCACUAGACUAUCACCUUAACCGACCUUUCAUCUUUGUCCUGAGGGACACGGACACAGGGGCCCUUCUCUUCAUAGGCAAAAUCCUGGAUCCCAGAGGCACUUAAUGUUUCAGUGCUCUAUAAGAAAACCCUAGAGGGAUGGCUGGUCACACAUUCCAGGAAGGCUGCCCUACAGCUUCAAUGUAUCCUUUGCAAUAAAAGAGCUUUUCCUUAA